CUGUGUACACCGCUUUGUGCCCAAUGGUAAAGAGGUCAAAUUGAGUUUGGGUUUUUGGGUCUAAAAUUGUAGAGAUGAGUGGAAGUUUUAGUUUUUAAACACACACUGCACUUUCACACGGAACGUUUUUCACGUUUUCACGUGAAACAUUUUUUCAUGACGGUGAUGCUGCUGACGCGCUCCCGUGCGCUCCUCUGCUGGAGGCCGCUUUGUGAGGGAGGUGGUUAUGUCGCUAUUGGGACACAAGGUGGCGCUAUGCGCUCGCAGCCGAGCACCCGGGCGCUCUGCCGUGUCGUCUACGGAGGAAGAGCUCGCCUGGAGAAGAAACGAGAGAAGACCUACUUCCGGGCUCCUGUGGUGUAUGCAUUCAUUCAGGUGAAGAAGAGGCUCAGCACAGAAGACGCUAUGCCUUUCUUACACGGCUUCAGGAGGAUAGUUUACGAGUACCAGCCGCUUGUGGAUGCAGUGAUGUGCGUGGUAGAGAGGGAGAAAGGUGAAACGACCCCUCGCAGGCCUGACACGGAUGAUGAUGAUGAUGAUGAUGAUGUCUGCAAAUCUCUCAUGGAACUGCUUGAGAAAGAGUCCCAGUCGUCGGUUUUUACUGAGGGAAUCAGCUACUCUUUGUUUAAAGUGGCCGAACUUGGGAAAAUCAGAGCUGCCCGAGUGCUCUUACGAUAUGGAGCCGACCUAAACUUUGAAGACCCGGUGUCCUACUACAACCCCUUGCACAUUGCAGUGCUCAGGAAUAAACCACAAAUGGUACAAUUGCUAGCUGGACAUGGGGCAAUAAUUGACAAGAGGGACAGGAUUCAUGAGAGCAGCCCUCUGGACCUUGCCAGUGAGGAAGCAGAUAGACUCUCUUGCCUCCGCAUGCUUUUAGAUCUUGGAGCCGAUGUCAAUGCCAAAGACAAGAAUGGCAAGACUGCCUUGCUGCACGCUUUUGCCAGCAGUGACGGAUUAACAGUCAAUAACGCAUGCAAUAUUCAGCUGCUCCUGGAUAGAGGUGCUGAUGUGAAUGCCACAACUCAUGAUGGUGAGACUCCCAUGUCUUCACUCAUCUUCCUAGUUAAAGAGGCCCUGGAUAGCAGCACAGAAGAUGCAGCAGUGAUUGGGUGCUUCUGUAUGCGAGUUGCUGCCCUCCUCCUGGACCACGGUGCUGAUCCGAGCUGUUGUUUGAGCACAUCUGAUGGAGAGGAGUGGGAGCCUUCUUUAACCUACGCCACCUUGGAGCACUUUGACGUCCUUUACCCUAUGGCUGCUCUUCUCCUCCAGCGAGGUGCCUCAUUUUUUUGCUCUUGUCAUGGCACAUCAUGCUGGACUGGUUAUAACCUGAUUUUCACUCGGCUGAAAGAAGCUCUGCAAGAACCUCUAGAUGCUGCUGAGGUGACUGACUUGCUGGCUAAAGCUGAAGUAAUAGUAGAGCUUGCUCAGGUGUGUUCUCCAAAUUUACCCCCCUUGCCUACUCAUUCUGUGCUGUCUGUACAAGAGCAUGAGCCAAUCCCCCAGGCCCUACUGGAGCUUCAGAACCGACUUAGAGAACAAGAAGCUCAGCCGCUCCCCUUGCGUUGCCUCUGUCGCGCCUUUAUCCGCAACUGUCUGCAGCCCUGGCCUCUGGAGGACAAGGUUAAGGCCUUACCUCUACCAGACAGAUUAAAGGACUAUUUGAUGCCAGAGCACAAUUUAACACAUAGACCUGGGUGGGACAGCUUUAAGCCCCUCUCGACCAUUCAAUAGGAACAGGAUAAAGCAGUGAUUUUAAUGUUGUCUCUUCUACUUCUGAUUACUUCCGCAGUAAUUUAUGCUGAUGGAAGCAAGGUCAAAGUAUUUUUUGGGCGGUGAGAGUCAUGAUCGAUACACAGUGAGAUUUUUUUUUUUUUUGUAUUUGAACUAUGUUUAUAUGAUAAUCAUUUCAGCAGAUGAUCACAGUAGUGUGCCUAUAUUGUGACUUCUGAAAUUAAAAAAGAAGUUUGUUCUUCGCAUCUAAACAAGUCAGUGGAGAUUUUGGGGUGCAUAUUUUGUAAAUGCUCAUGAGUUGGUUGGCUCACAUUUUUUUUGUUUAAUAAUAGCGUAAUACUUUUCCCGGUGUGUUUGUUUGGGAUUGAAUACAAACGAAGGAAUGAAUAUUGUGUGAUACAGUGUUCAAAUUUAACUAAAAUUGUGGUAGUUAAUAUUGUGAGGUAAACACCAGGUGAAACCGUGAGGAAGACAGGAUAUGCUACGUGUAUCUAAGAGCAUUUGUGUUAACAUAAUGUGUAACUCAACUCUGGUGGGUAUUUGCAGCUUUGCCAAAAUGUCGUGAAAUUUUGGUGGAAUUAUUUGUGGUAUGUCAAAUCAUCUGUACUUCACAAGACAUGCAUAAGCUGCAAAGCUGUCAGGAAUUUUAUGUACAAGAUUAUUGUAACGCUUCUGCAAGUGUACUACUUUAUGUGAUUGUAGUACUGGGAAUUUUUUUUCUGGGUUGUGAUAGUCAUCUAAAACAAUUAUGUUUAUUUAUUUUUAUUUAUAUUGACAGAAUAUAGAUAAAUAAGCAGUGCCUUUGAAAGAACACACUAUAGUUCCAAAAGUAUUCAGUUGACCUUGAGUGACAUCCCAUUCUUAAUCCAUAGGGUUUAAUAUGAUGUUGGCCCACCCUUUGCAGCUAUAACAGCUUCAGCUCUUCCGGGAGGCUUAGGUUACCA